AUGGCUCAGCAGGAGGUCAUCCGCCAGGAGACUUUGGGCGUGCAGAAGAAGAAGGGAGUCGAGUCCCGGUAUUUCGUUCUGUCCAAGGAGAGUUUGGACUACUUCAGCACAGAGGCCGAGUCCCAGGAGAGCUCCGAGCCGAGGGGUCGCAUGGACCUGAAGGAGGUGGAGAAAUUGGAAGCUCAGGAGGACGGCUUUUCCCUGAUCUUGAGAGGAGGUCAGAGCCUGAACCUGAAGACUCCAGAGGAUUCCUUGGAGCUCUGGCUCUCCUCCCUGAGGCCCUUGAUCAAAGCAAGCGGCGGCAAGUUCAAGGGGAGAGUGCUCUGCUCCGGGUACCUGAGCGUUGAACGCAAGGGCCUGCUGAAAAAGCCUUUCUUCGUUCUACGGGAGAAUAGCUUUGAACGCUAUGACACGGCUGCGCACUUCGAGAAGGGGCAGGAGCCACGGGCUAUGCCCUUGACAGACAUUGAAAGAGUGACAGUCGGUGAUCGCCGCCUGACGCUGGAAGUGAAGGACCAGAAGAAGCCCCUGGAGUUCCAGGUAGACAGCACCCAGGAAUUCCUGCAGUGGCAGGGCGCUUUCGAGAAGUUGCUUGCGCAGCGCUUGGGAGACAACUUUGUGUCGAGUGCAGAAGCAGGCAUGGGCCAUGCAAGUGCCAGCGUCCGUGGCGAAACUAUGCCACGUGAAGCGCCGAAGCUAUUGUGCGAAGGCGAACUCCUCGUUCUCAAAAGUGACAGAGAAGAUCCAAGGUAUUGUGUUUUGCGCACGGACUGCUUCCAGUAUUUCAACAGCAGGGAAGAUUAUCAAACAGGCGUUGCUGCACGAGCGCGUGCCCUGAUCGAAGACGUCACCUCCUUCGAGGUCUUGGAGGACGGGACGAUGGAAGUGGAGCUGGGCGCGAAGAAGUGGUCUUUCAAAGCCCACAACACGGAGGAUCUCCAUCGUUGGCAGACGGCCUGGGAAACCGAUCCUGAAGAGCCGUUGCCAGUUUCAGGGAAGCCUUUACCGGUGCCGAAGCCACCAGUAGUAACGUCGGGCGGAUUCAACCUCCGAAAGGAAGGCCUCCGUCAGGCAGCGUCCUUUGGCCUGCUGGUACUGCGCGAGGAUCGCCUGGAAUUUUUCGAAGGCAGAGGCCGCGUGCCUUCCGAAGACGAGGCGCCAGAUGUGAGUGCCUUGAUGGACGAGAUCGAAGACUUGGAGGUCAAGGAGGAUGUCUUGACUGUGCGUUUCGCAGACCCAUCAAAAACUUUCGAGCUGUUCUCCCCUCAGGGAAAGACAAUGGAGGAGUGGCACCGCGAACUUGAGCAUGUUUUCGAAGAGACACCCUCUUCGGCAGAAGAUGAAGACCCAAAAGCGACAGUCUCCACAGAUGACAGCACCGCCCAGAUUGCCAGAGAGUUGUUGAAUUUCGUGAAGACGGUGAACACUACAUUUAGAGCCUGCAUGGUGAACGGACAAACGGUCCAAAACGCUCUCGACCUUCACACGGCACUGCGGCAGAAUACGCAGCAAGUCAAGCCGGAGGACUUGGCCAAAGCGCUGAAGGACUUGGGAAUCGGCCUCACCGGUGCUCAAAUUGAGUACUUCAUGCUCUCAUUGGACCCGACUGACGGUGGUAUCACAUGGGAGGAGUGGCUUAAGGCCCUCAGUGUCACGGAGGCAGACCCAGCCUCUGCUGCAUCCAAAGUACGUGACAGGUACCAGGAAGGCGGCGUUCUCCGUGGCGUAGGGCCUGCGCAGCAAGAGAUCUGCCAGGCUGUGGAGAAGCCGGAAGAAAAGCCGAGCUCCCCUAGCAGGGCUACAAGAAAUCGAUCUUUGUUUUCAGGUCCCGUUGAGCUCGGUGGAGACAGAAGACACGGGGUGCUCUAUGCCGAUCGGCUGGCUUUCUUCGAAAACUCGGAGGACAUCGUCUAUGCGGAUCCGGACACCACCGUCCAGCUGCGCGAGAUGCAGGCAGUCAAGGCCAGCAACGGAGUCUUUGAGAUCCAGGCCACGAGCGGGCUCCUGGAGAUGCGGUGUAGACGCGCUUUCGAGCUGUGGCAGUCGAGCCUUUCAGAAGCUCUGGGGGCAAGCUUCACCAAGCAUGUAAAUGGCAAGACGAUAGAGUGGGUGAACAUCAGAGAACCCACGGACUCACCGGUACGACUGCCCAAGCCAGGUGCAAGUGCAAAGCCAAUGCACCAGGGCCCUUUGAGACUUCUACAAGAGGACGGCUCAGAGCAGAUGCGCUACGUCCUUGUCUAUGGCGAUCGCUUCGAGCACUUCAAUGAUGCAGUUUCGGCUCUUCGGGGAUCUGGCUCUUCGGGAGUCGUACAUGCAACCGACGUAACCUCUGUGCGGGUCACUGAGAGCGCUUUCAUCUUCAAGCUUCGGCAGGAAAGUCUGCAUGUUCAAAUCCCUGUUGGCGAGGACAUGGAACUCUGGGUCUCAGCUUUUCAGCUCCUCUUCCACCCACAGAACGACGCUGGCCAUAGCCCCCCUAACAUGGACGAGCUUUUAGUCUUGUACAAGCAUGGUGCCUUCUUGAAGGGUGGUGAAAGGUCGAAGAUGGAACGUAGCGAACUUGCUGCAGAGGUUCAGGACGAGCGCUUUCAGAAUUGGCUGCAAGCGCUGCCAGAAAAAGUGAUCCACUGGGGCCUUCUCGGCUUCCAGCAUCAACAGCGCUUGGUGGUCCGCCUCAGCAUUCUCUUCAGGGACAGGCUCGACAGUUGGUGCAGCGCUUCCAGUGCCAGUUGCGGAAUGAAGGAGGACAGCCGCAUCCUGAUGUCAAGAGUACGUGGUCUGGAGACCAUCAGCGGAGGCUUAAUUGUCGAUCUCGGUGGCAAGAAAGUAGGAAUCCACGUUGGUGACAAUGAAAACUUGCAGCAGUGGUCUGGUGCUUUUUUAAGUGUCUUGGCACCCUUGAAGACCGAGAGAUCGGUGAGUCCAGGGACGCCAGCGGAUCGACCCAGGUCUCAGCCACCCAGCCCUGGCAAAGGUCGCGACCGGCUUCCAGUUGCAUACAGCACGAAGUCCACACCCUCGUCGCCGACGUCGCAGAUGCCGCGCAAGUUAAAAGAGUCCUUCGGAUUCCUUCGCCCCUUGUACCAAGACCAUGGCCCCAAGUUCGAUGAACAGGGCUUCUCUGCCAAGAUUGGCGAUGAGCUGCUGGCUUUCAAGCUCGACAG